AUCGCUUCAUACAUCAUUGACACUUUAUAAUUUGCAUACUUUGGUUUCCAUAAUACAUUUCGAACUGUCAGAGCAAUGUAGCAGGUAGCUAGUCUUCUUGUUUUUAAUCUAAGAGCAUCUACUACGAUAUCAUUGUAAAAAGUCAUCUGUGUUUUCUUGAGAGGUACCAUCAGACUUGUAUGAAGCGACAUAAGGAUGGCUUUGCAUGCUCAAGGAAAUCAGUACUAGCCUUCGCCUUGUUUGCUCUGUGCCUUUAAAUAUUACUAUUGCGCCCAGUCCACUCGUCAGGACAGGCAUGUUGUCAUAUAAAAUUUAUCGAGAACAGAACAAGAAAGAAAGAGAUACUAAUGCACCAACAUCUUCUGCUGCAAUUCACCAAAACAUCAUUCUGCAGCCUCUAUCACCACUGGCCGAUGGAUGCCCUUAAGUAUUUAGUUUGCUAGAGUACAUGAAUGAAGCUUUACCUUCGAAUAUAAAUUAACAUGGAUCCAAGAGACAAAUAUCAUUUCUCUUCAUUUCCUU